CACGAACAAGCAAGUCGACAAUAACGAAAUCCGAUUGUACUCCAAUCUAACAGUAGCCCGACGUGAUCGCUGAUUUGUCGCCUGCAUAUCUUACAUAACGAAAAAAGUAGAUCGUAUUUUGGGCAGUAUGCAUAUGCGAGAAAGGUGAUCCUAUAUGGCCCCUCUAAAAUGUGCAAUUUUUUAGAGGUGGCUACCGAUAUAAAUAGUUAUCAUGACAGACGAUACCGUAUCAGUCUUCUGCUAGAUCCACCAUCCAAGUGUAGCAUCAUGAGGACAGCCGUAUUCAUCGUACUGCUGAGCGUCUCCGCUGCCUUUGCAGGUGAAGAGCCGCACCAGGAACAACCGCAGAAGAAGAUCACGAAACGUGGUGCUAUCAGCGGCCUUCACGGCAUCGGUGUUGGGAGCGCCAGUCUUGGAUACGGUAUCGGUCUUGGAAGCGCGCUAGGACACCACAGCGUGCAUCAUGCCCUGCCCGCUCUGGGGUACGCAGCUGGGCACGGGUACGGCGGCCAUGGCAUAGGUCUGGGGCAUUCGUCGGGAUUAGGGAUUGGUCUAGGUCUAGGGUAUGCAGCUGGACAUGGAUACGGAAAUGGCGGAGCUCUUGGAUCGGGGAUUGGAAUUGGCAUUGGUAGGAACAUUGGAGGAAUCGGUCUUGGUGGUGGAUCUCUACUAGGUGGAGCUCUGCUAGGUGCCCCUGCUUUAGGAGCAACUUCCGGUUUCGCAGUAGGUCCAGCUCUAAGUCAAGUAGGAGUCGCCAGACAUAUCCACGUUACCCACAGAGUGGGAGUACCAGUACCUCAACCUUACCCUGUUCCAGUUGAAAGGGCAGUUGCAGUUCCAGUCCCACAUGCAGUUGCUGUCCCAGUUGAUCGUCCCUACCCAGUGGCAGUACCUCGAGCAGUUCCAGUCGCUGUCGACAGGCCCGUCCCAGUGGCGGUAGAGAGGCCAGUUCCUGUGCCAGUUAGGGUACUGGUUAAAGUACCAGUUGCUGUGCCAUACAAAGUUGCUGUUCCUCAACCCUACCCAGUUCACAUUCACAAGGCAGUACCAGUGCCAGUACAUGCGCCAGUUGUUGUUAGGAGGCCAGUUCCGUUUGCUGUUCAUGCGCAUUCGCAUGGGUGGUACUGAGUAGUUAAAAUUGUGAUGUGAUACUAGUAGACAAAAAUGCCAUAUAUUAUGCCAUAAUGUACAAUUAAAUGAUUUUAUACAA